UCCCACAAAACCAUUUGCGCCCACUUUCCCCAAAACUUUCUCACACAACCUAAACCUCUUGUUCGUCUUUUAAACCCCAUUAACUGUUUUUCAAUAAAAAAAAUGUCUGCUUCCAUCUUUGAAAACAUCACUCGUGCUCCUGAAGAUCCUAUCUUAGGGGUUACUGUUGCUUAUAACAAAGAUUCGCACCCGUCGAAGUUGAAUUUGGGUGUCGGUGCUUAUCGAACUGAGGAAGGAAAACCUUUGGUUCUCAAUGUUGUGAGACAGGCAGAACAAAAGCUUGUUAAUGACCCGUCUCGGGUUAAGGAAUAUCUUCCCAUUGUUGGACUAGCAGAUUUUAAUAAAUGUAGCGCAAAGCUCAUUUUCGGUGCUGAUAGCCCUGCCAUUCAAGAGAACAGAGUUGCUACCGUGCAGUGCUUGUCUGGUACUGGCUCACUGAGGGUUGGUGGAGAGUUCCUUGCAAGGCAUUAUUUUGAGAAAACGGUAUAUAUUCCCUCCCCAACAUGGGGAAACCAUACAAAGAUAUUCACUCUAGCAGGAUUGUCGGUAAAGACAUACCGCUACUAUGAUCCCUCAACACGUGGGCUUGACUUCCAAGGUCUCUUGGAAGAUUUGGGCAAUGCUCCAUCAGGCGCAAUAGUGCUUCUUCAUGCAUGUGCUCACAACCCAACAGGUGUGGAUCCAACCAUUGAGCAGUGGGAGGAGAUCAGGAAGCUAAUGAGGUCAAAAGGGUUGUUGCCAUUUUUUGACAGUGCAUAUCAGGGCUUUGCCAGUGGAAGCCUUGAUGCAGAUGCACAUUCUGUUCGCAUGUUUGUUGCAGAUGGUGGUGAAUGCUUUGCUGCCCAGAGUUAUGCUAAAAAUAUGGGACUCUAUGCAGAACGUGUUGGUGCACUUAGCAUUGUUUGUAAAGCAGCAGAUGUUGCAAGCAGGGUUGAGAGCCAACUUAAACUGGUUAUCAGGCCAAUGUAUUCCAAUCCACCUCUUCAUGGUGCAUCUAUUGUAGCAACUAUACUCAAGGACAGUAACUUGUACAACGAGUGGACGAUUGAGCUCAAAGCAAUGGCUGACCGGAUUAUUAGCAUGCGCAAACAACUAUUGGAAGCCUUGCAAGCAAAAGGAACACCUGGUGACUGGACUCACAUUAUAAAGCAAAUUGGGAUGUUCACUUUCACAGGACUGAAUGCUGAACAAGUUGCUUUCAUGACUAAAGAAUAUCACAUCUACAUGACAUCUGAUGGGAGAAUUAGCAUGGCUGGUCUCAGCUCAAGAACCAUCCCUCAUCUUGCAGAAGCUAUGCACGCUGCUGUUACUCGCAUGGCAUAAACCAAUUACUUUUUUGUCUCUCUUUUGACACUGUAUGUUGCUGUAAGUGCAAACAAUUUUAUUUUCCGAGUUCUUUUCAACCGGCAUGUUCUGCCUAAUGUGGAACUUAAUCGCAAUUAAAUAAAUGAGUUCACUUGAUUUGCUUGA